AAGAAUCCCCAACACACCCUUCUUGGGACCCUCACUUGGUGUCUUUAUCCAAACCCUUUUUGUCCUGUUUUUUUCUUCCCUCUUCCCAUUUCUCUCUUCUCCUCUUCUCUUCUAAACUAAAGCUCAUUUUCUUGUUAUUAAAUUUUGUUUUCUUGCUGUUCCAUGUCUUCCUCCGCCCCUUCUUCCUCCUCUUCUGGUGGCGGCCGACGGCGGAGGGGCGGUGGGGAUUUUGAUGGUCCUUCUUCAUCUCGCCGUCGUGCCACCAAUGAGGUUUGGCCUGAGCCAUUUAUUGAAGCACUUGCUACUCAAGUUGCCAUUGAUGCUUCUCGCUCUCUUGGAAGAAUCCAUGCUGCUGCUGCUCUUUCUAAUGUCUUUCAGGUCUGUUCCACCUGGCGUGCUGUGUCUCGGUCUGAGCUGCUGUGGCAUCGUUUGACCACUCAGAUAUGGGGUCGGACCGACCGUCUGCUCGACACUUGGCGAGAUGAGUACGUGUAUUGGCACACUACAGCUUGUAAUUUCCGUACUCAUAGAUCUCUCCAUACUGUUCUUCAAUUUGAUCAGUCUGAUGUGGAUGAACCUGAUAGUCUGAUGUGUCGUUGCCUUGCUAUCUCCUUGCGCCACUUGGCUUGUGGAUUUGCUGAUGGUACUGUUCGUUUGUUUGACCUUGCCACGCGUGUCCAUGUCACUACGUUUCGUCCCCACCACCGUGACCGUCUUGGGCAAUUCUCACGCGCCGUCUCUGGCAUUGUGAUUGCUGAUGCUCGUAUCGUCUUUGCGAGCAUUGACGGCGACAUUCACAUUGGAGUUAUUGACCGUACCCCUGCUGCUAUAUCGCCCACGCGCCGGGUACAUGAAGGCAAUGUGAUGAAUGAUGGUGUGUUGGUAGACUUUGCUGGGUGUGACCGGUGGUGGGUUGGGCUGUAUGCUGGUGUACCUGGCCGUGCAUUCCACAUAUGGGAUGGGAACAGUGAAGAACUUGUGUUCGUAGGUGGGUCGCUGACCGACCCAGAAUCUGUAACGGGGUGGCACAUGUUAGCGGAGCCAAUGGAGCAAGUCGGCCGGGUACGGGUGUCGAGUCGGGAAUCGGCAGUGGCCUGCACUAGCCUACAGCUCAUGGUUUUGGACUUGAGAAAUCAAGUAGUAUUAAACGAGGAGGAAAAUGGGGUGGUAUGGAUAGUAACAUCGAUGGACGUAAGCAAUGAGACAUACAUAGUGGUGGACGGACAUGGUGUGGCUGUGGUACGACGAGUGGACACAAUGGAAGAAGUUUGUACGUUCACAGUAACAGGGGCGGCUCAGAGAGGGGCUGUGGGCUGCAUGAACAUGGGCUAUGCUGUGAUGAGCUCCGGUGGGGCGAUAAGGGUUUGGGAAAUAGAGCAUGGCCAGUAUCUGUACAGGUUUAGAGAGAGGAUUGGGGCUGCCAAUGCUGUCGUUGCCAAUGACCGAUACGUGGCGGCCUCUGGGUUCGACACGACGUUACAUUUGUGGGAUUUUGGUGCAUAAUCAAACAAUGUAGUAGAUUGGUUCCUGGGGGAUGUGUACAGUUCGGCAGUGAUGGGGUUUCAUUGAAUGAUUGGAGUGCAGAAGGACGGGUCUUUAGUGUUCAUGGGUGAUCUAAAUCAUGGUCCUUUCUUUCCAUUUUCUUUGUCGGGGGAGAAGAAGGAAAUUUUAUUCCGAUUCAUUGUUUUGAACAACGUAUUUUCAUUUCA